AUGGACACCUUACUCACUGCUGAGAUCGUGGCCAACUCCCCGCAAUUCCGUCGCAAAUCAUCAAUCUUUGUUGAUGCAAUUCAUGAUUUACCGGAAAAGGCCGAUCUAGCGCCGGCUCAACUGUACAGUACCGAAUCGGGUCGGCUUUUUCAUUCUGGCCGCAUCGUGAUUAUCACUGUCGGCUUGCCUGCCAGAGGUAAAACACAUAUCUCUGUAGCGUUGGCACGAUACCUGCGUUGGCUUGGUGUUAAAACCAGAAUCUUCCAUCUGGGCGACUACCGUCGUGCCACAAUUCCAUUCGGGGAGGAUAUGCCAGAUGAUUAUUUCUAUGUCAACGCGACUGCCAAGUCCGUUCUUUUACGCCAAAAGAUUGUUAGAAAAUGUCGGGAAGACAUCUACCACUUUCUGAACCAUGAAAAUGGUCAAAUAGCGAUCUAUGAUGCUGUCAACCCGCUAGCAUCAGGACGGCGUUCUCUGGCCAAGGAGUUCGCAAAGCAUGAUAUCGAGACGCUAUUCAUUGAGUCUUGGUGUGAUGACGAACGCAUCAUUGAAGAGAAUGUUCGCAGAGUCAAGAUAUCGUCUCCUGAUUAUGUCUCAUGGAAGUCAGAAGACGCUGUGAAGCAUUACCUGAGCCGCAUUUCGUCUCGCAUCCCUCAAUUCCAGACCAUGGAGGAAAAGGACUUGAACUACAUCAAGAUGAUAAAUGCUGGCGAGAGACUGAUUGUCAACAACCGAAGCUUCGGUUACCUUUCCAACCGUAUAGUCUUUUAUCUUUUAAACCUCCAUAUCAAAUCGAGGCGUACCUACUUUGCUAGGGCUGGAGUCUCGCUGGAUGCAGAUUCAUACAAAGCCGAUGCUUCGCUGUCGGAGCAAGGCGAAGACUACGCUAAGAAAAUGACAGCACGUCUACUAGCUCACCGAGAAGAAGAGAAGCAAGCAAUGAUAGAGCGAGGUGAGACUGGCUAUGAGUCAAGGCCUCUGAAAGUUUGGACAUCUACACGGCGCAGGACAGUGGAAACCGCGAAAUAUCUCCAUGAAAACGGCUAUAAAAUCCGACAGAGAUCCCAGCUGAGCCAACUGCACCCUGGUGUUUGUGAAAAGAUGUCAGAGAAUCGCAUUCGAGCAGAGUUUGGGGACGAGGUUGCCAAGCACGAGCUUGAUCCCUACCAUCACCGUUAUCCCCGCGCCGAGUCAUACCAUGACUUGGCUGUUCGUCUUGAGCCAAUCAUUCUUGAGCUGGAAAGAGAACAAACCGACCUGCUUAUCAUUGCACACGAAAGUGUUCUGAGAGUAUUGUAUGGUUACCUCAUGGCCUGCAAUGCUGCGGAUAUUCCGUUCCUCGAAUUCCCUCGUGAUGAGAUUAUUGAGAUUGUCCCCGAAAGCUAUCAGAAUGAGGCACAGCGGAUCCACAUCCCGGAUCUUCCUGAGGAGAUCAUCCCAGCUUCUCCGGAGGAUUUGAAGAUCCCAGUGCCCCCAAGCGGAGUGGUAUCACCCAUGCAAGGGCUUGGUAGCCCAGAGGGUCAAACAACUCCACAGAGUGGUUAUCGAACACCAAGUGGAAUUCGAACACCGCGUGAGCCCGAAAGGAUCUCACAACAGCAUGUUGAAGAUGUGGUUUAG